AAUGCCAUCUUCCUUCUCCAGAACAGAAGUUUCGUCUCAGUGUGGAUGACCAUGCAGCCUGCAAUCCAGGUGUGGUUCGGGGAAGAUCUACCUCUGAGUCCCAGGUGUCCUCUGACGCCCAGACAUGGCCCCGGAUUGGCUGAUGUUUGCCAGUAUGACGAGUGGAUAGCCGUGAGGCACGAAGCCACUCUGUUGCCUAUGCAGGAAGAUCUCUCUAUCUGGUUGUCCGGCUUACUAGGUAUUGACAUUAAGGCAGAAAGAUUAUUGGAAGAACUCGAUAACGGGGUGCUGCUGUGCCAGCUAAUCAAUGUCCUCCAGAACAUGGUGGGAGCCAGCCUCUCUGAGGAGCCAGGGAAUUUUCCAAUGAGAAAAGUGCCCUGUAAGAAAGAUGCUGCCUCGGGCUCAUUCUUCGCCAGAGACAACACUGCCAAUUUUCUUCACUGGUGCCGGCGCAUUGGGGUUGACGAAACUUACCUCUUUGAGUCUGAAGGUUUAGUUUUGCAUAAAGACCCCAGGCAGGUGUACCUGUGUCUUCUUGAGAUUGGCCGUGUCGUGUCAAGAUACGGAGUUGAGCCACCAGUGUUAGUAAAACUUGAGAAAGAAAUUGAGUUGGAAGAGACCUUGCUUAAUACCUCAGGGCUUGAAGAGUCCAUCAGCAUCCCCAAAUCCUGCUGUCAGCAAGAAGAAUUACAUGAGGCUGUUAAGCACAUCGCCGAGGACCCUCCUUGUAGCUGUUCUCAUCGAUUUUCCAUUGAAUAUUUAUCUGAAGGGCGGUACCGGCUCGGGGAGAAGAUACUUUUUAUAAGGAUGCUUCAUGGAAAACAUGUUAUGGUCCGCGUUGGCGGAGGCUGGGAUACUCUGCAAGGAUUUCUGCUGAAAUAUGACCCCUGUCGAAUACUACAGUUUGCUACCCUAGAACAAAAAAUCUUAGCAUUUCAGAAAGGAGUUUCUAAUGAAAGUGUGCCAGAUUCGCCUGCCAGAACUCCUCAGCCUCCAGAAAUGAACCCUUUGUCAGCAGUUAAUAUGUUUCAGAAACAAAAUGUAAAACCUGGCACACCAGUGAGUGUUCCGAAGAGCAAGGAGAGACAGGUACACCGGCCAGGUGCGUGUCUGCCUGCCUCGUCAGGAAAAGGUAAUUUGGCUUCCCCGUCUACCCGUUCUAAACGUCCAGAUUCUCCAGCCUCACUUCUGCAUCCCAAGGUCACGUCUUUGAAGGGCAUAGCAAAAAAGGCGAACGCGCCUUCCAACAGUGCCUCAUCCUCUCUGACUUCCCUAAAUCCCGCGGCUAAACCAAGCCCUGCGAAGUGUGCAUCAGAGUCGGGGAGAAAAUGUGUCACCUUCCCCAAGGCUGCUCGGACCAAGGCUGCUCCAGCCCAGAAUUCAAGGGAUCCAUCUAAGUCUAGACUUUUACCCAGUAAACCUCCUGGAAACAUUGAACCAAAGCGUUUGAAACACAACCAUCUUUCUUCCAGGGGUGAGUCAUCCACGUGCCCAAAGCUUCCUAAAGGCACCAUGCAAGGAAGGCCUAACCUUUCUCCUUUCCAGUCGCCUGCAAAAGUCACAAAACCCAGUUCUAAAACUAGAGCCAUAGGUCUCGGGACACAGUCUCAGCCACCUGAGAGAACUCUGAAGUCAGGGGCUGUCUCAGCACCAAGACAUCAGUCUACGCUGAAUUUAAAUAAUCCAGUUCCUGUGUGCUCAGGGUCCUCGGCGAACACAACUCAGGAAUCGAAAGGUAAGAGUACAGUUUCAGUUGCCAAAAACCCACCUCAGAGUAAGGGCGUCUGCCCGAAUCUAGGGCCUAGCUCUUCAAAAUCUCCUGGCCGUACCCCACUGUCCAUUGUGACUGUUCCCCAAUCUGCUGCCAAGUCAGAAACCGUCUCAAAGUCGGCAAAGACUGCCGUGAAGGGCCAGUACGCAGCCAAAGGGCCUCCCAAAAGCAGCAAGCCACCAACUUCCUCCAGGAACCCACCCUCGUCUGGUAAGGGAGCAGACAGUGGACAUAAAACGCCUACUGCCAAGAAAAAGGAAGAGGAUGACCAUUAUUUUGUUAUGACUGGAAAUAAGAAGCUUAGAAAAUAAAUAUACCUGUAUCGUUUCAACAAAUCAAGGCUAUCAGUGAACAGGAUCCACAGGAUCCCCAAAGAUCUCCUGUCAGUCUGUCUGUCUCUCUGUCUGGAGAGCUGCAGACAUGAGGUCGAGAUGGGACAGAGCUGGGUCAGGAAGGGACGGACUCACGUGCAUUUUGUAUGUUAGUGGACAAAUGUGUGAGUUUUGAUCUGUUUCAUCUUGCUAAUGUCUGCUGUUUGAGGGAAAUGUAGAAGUCUGACAACACUACUAGAAUUUUAACUACCGUUGGUCUAAUUUUGAAUAGGUGUUAACUAUUGAGAUUAUCUGCUAAUGGCAACUCUGAUGCUCUUAAACACUAGUUACUGCGCUCAGUCACAAAGCCAUGGUCUGCUUGGCGUUGGUGUGUACCUAGAAUCCCAGCUCUGAAGGCUGAGGCAGGCAUACAUAGUAAAACCUAGCAAGGUUUCGAACCGUGCCGUAAUAGCUACCUAAGGUAAUUCGUUGGUCUAGCAGUCCUAAGUACCAAUGGCCCCUACUGCUUAGUUUGAUAUUACUCUGAAUUAAAUGGAAUCCUUAUUUAAAUCUCUAUAACCUUUCCAUAUCAGAAGGAGCUGUGUUUUUUUCUAAAUUAAACUGGGCUUUUAUUAAUAUUGGUAUCAUUUUAUAACCAAUAUUUUUGAUAAGGAAAAAAAACUCAACCAAGUAAGUUAAGUUAUUGAAUCAUAAGCUGAAAUUUAGUAAGAAUUAAGUAAAUAUAUAUGUAUAUAUAUAAUAAUCUAGACACUUUGUAUUUUAUAUUUUCAGAUGAAGCCUGUGCAGUGUGAUGGGGAAAUAUUUAAUAGCUUUUAGCAUAUUAAAAUAUUUUAAAUAGACAUUUCCUAUGUGUACAGAUAAAAAAAUUUUUAUUGAAAUAAUGGGUUUUGAUACCAGAAUUAGGUUUUAAUGAUCUUAAAAUUAAAAGGGAUGGGGGUGUGGAUCAACGGAUAAGUCAUGUCUAGGGCAGGCGUGGGGGCUGGUGUUUGGGUCCCUAUACCUACAUAACAAUCUGGAUGGGUUUGAAGAUCUGCCUGCAGUCCCAGCGCUCAGGAAGAGAGAGAAUCCCCUGAGACAAGCUGGCUAGCUAGAAGAGCCGGUGGAUGAGACACAGCUUUUC